CCCGCCCCCACGAUGCCGGUCGCCCGGAGCUGGGUUUGCCGCAAAACCUACGUGACCCCGCGGCGACCUUUCGAGAAAUCCCGCUUGGACCAGGAGCUGAAGCUCAUCGGUGAGUACGGGCUGCGGAACAAGCGCGAGGUCUGGCGCGUCAAGUUCACCCUGGCCAAGAUCCGCAAGGCGGCGCGGGAGCUGCUCACGCUGGACGAGAAGGAUCCGCGCAGACUCUUUGAGGGGAACGCGCUGUUGCGGCGCCUGGUGCGCAUCGGGGUGCUGGACGAGGGCAAGAUGAAGCUGGAUUACAUCCUGGGGCUCAAGAUCGAGGACUUCCUGGAGCGCCGCCUCCAGACCCAGGUCUUCAAGCUGGGCCUGGCCAAGUCCAUUCACCACGCGCGGGUGCUCAUCCGCCAGCGCCACAUCCGGGUCCGGAAGCAGGUGGUGAACAUCCCCUCCUUCGUGGUGCGCUUGGACUCCCAGAAACACAUCGACUUCUCCCUGCGCUCCCCCUAUGGCGGCGGCCGGCCCGGCCGCGUCAAGCGCAAGAACGCCAAGAAGGGGCAGGGCGGGGCCGGCGCCGGAGAGGACGAGGAGGAGGAUUAAGCCACGCCCCCUUCCCCUCUUGGGCCACGCCCCCUUCCCC